UCCUGCUGCAUCCAUCAGGACACCUCCAUCCCAUCACCUCCAUCCUAACAUCUCCAUGGGACCCAAGACUGCCCCUGCCAUGGAGCAGGAGGUUUUUGCAUGGCUCUGUAUCACUGUGAGGUGUAUUUGGGGCUGGGACCAUGUUGACCGUCCUGGGCCAGCCCAAGGCGUCUCCCAGCGUCUACCUCUUCCCGCCAUCCUCCGAGGAGAUCGGAUCACAGAACAAGGCCACCCUGGUGUGCCUGAUGAGCGACUUCUACCCCAGCCCGGUGCAGGUGACCUGGAAAGUCGACGGUUCCACCCACACCAGUGGCGUGGAGACCUCUGCGUCCCAGAAGCAGAGCAACAACCAGUACAUGGCCAGCAGCUACCUGACGCUGAGCGCUGCAGAGUGGAAGAACGUCAACUCCUUCAGCUGCCAGGUCACGCACGAAGGCGCUCUCACCGAGAAGACCCUGAAAAAAUCCGAGUGUUCGUAACUCCGACAGGGCACAGCCACGAAGACAGUGGCUCCUCACCCUUCCUGUCCCUCUUGGCCACUGCUGGUGACAGCAGCCCCCCCUCUUCACCCGGAUGUCCCCCCUCAUGCCCCUGCUGUCCCCCUGUGCCUGUCCCUUGCUCCUGUCCCCCUCCGCCGGGUGUCACACGAAUAAACACCAACACUGAACUAGCGCUGACUCUGCA